GCCUUCCUUGCGCAGGCGCGGGCCGCCUCCUGGCCCCCUCCGCGCCGGGAACAUGGCGCUCCCCGGCCGGGCUCUGCUGCGCGUGGCCGCUGAGCAGCUACUGCGAGGACGAGUCGGGGUGCUGCUCCGGCCGCAACUCGAAGCGGGAACCCCCGGCCUGGAGCGCGGCUUCAGCCUCUCUCACAACCGGGGCACGGUCAUCGUGGAGCGCUGGUGGAAGGUGCCGCUGGCCGGCUUGUGUCGGAAGCCGCGCCUGCACCGGCGGCACCGCGUCUACAGGCUGGUGGAGGACACGAAGCACCGGCCCAAAGACAACCUGGAGCUCAUCCUCACGCAGUCGGUGGAGGAGCUUGGAGUGCGGGGUGACUUGGUUUCAGUGAAGAAAUCUGUGGGCCGUAACAAGCUUCUUCCUCAAGGACUGGCUGUAUAUGCAUCCCCUGAAAACAAGAAGUUGUUUGAAGAGGAGAAAUUGCUAAGAAAAGAAGGAAAGUUAGAAAAGAUCCAGACCAAGGCUGGUGAGGCGACAGUGAAAUUUCUGAAAAGCUGUCACCUGGAAGUGGGGAUGAAGAACAAUGUCAAAUGGGAGCUAAACCCUGAAAUAGUUGCCCGCCAUUUUCUAAAAAAUCUUGGUGUUGUGGUAGCCCCACAUGCAUUAAAGUUACCAGAAGGGCCCAUCACACGAUGGGGCGAGUAUUGGUGUGAGGUGACGGUAAAUGGGCUUGACACUAUCAGGGUACCUAUGUCUGUGGUGAACUUUGAGAAACCCAAGACAAAAAGAUACAAGUACUGGUUGGCCCAGCAAGCUGCCAAGGAAACGGCCCCCACCAGCUCCCAGACGAUCUGAACCUCCUCUCCCUCAAAAGUGGUGAAGCAGAAUCUGAGGCACAGUGGAGCAAAGAUGAGCCAGCUCUGACCAAAUAAGGAAUUUGAGACCAUAUGGGGACAUCGGACUAAACUGCAUAUAUAUGUUGAAUUCUGCAUAUUUGUCAUCUCCAUCUUCGACUGUUAUCACAUCUCGCCUUAUUGGGGCAGUCCUGCUCAAGAAGUACCAAGUUGUAGAUAUGAUAAGGUAAAUAUUCAUAAAUCAAAAACAGUCUAGAUCCUAUUUCCUCUUCCUCCAUUGGAAUUCAUUGGAAUAAAUGGAAGAGCUAGC